CCUUCGCCCGCCCCCCUCCCAGCUCCCAUGCCGCCAGUUUGUUAAAUUAAUGCAGUAAGAAAGUCUGAAGAUCUGAGGGAGUCCUGGCCAAAGGAAGAUGGGCGAGCUCAGAAAAUCGAGAUGCAUCUGAAGCCCUGGGCUCCUCAGCCCUGCGGGGUCGCCAUGGACCCUGACAGCCCCUGAAACUUGCCCUGAGCUCUCUCAUGCCUGCAGCCCUGAGCAAUGGGACACCUUUCCUGCAGCGAUCAUAACUUAUUCGGCGGGGACCAGAGAACAGGGAUCGCAAGGCGACAACAGACUCGCACGCAGGCAGGGAAACGAGAUUCCGGGACUCGGUCGCGAUGCGCCAGCCUGGCACAUUCUCCGGGAUUUAACUGAAGGCAGCACCGUCAAUCGCUUCCCCUGGCCCCUAGCCCCCUCAGGCCAGCCCAGGGGCAUAAAGCCCUGCUCUCUCUACCCAAGAUGCUCGCCCAAUCUAACGGUCGGAGGCCAGCGCUCUGAUCGCUACAGAAGAUUUUUUUUUUCCCUUGCAUGGAGCUGGCCGUUUAAACAGAAAAACAGGGGUAAAAAAGAAAAUAUACCCACCCCCAAACGUGCCUCCCCAGCGCCGCAGGGAGCCAACAGACAAGCUGGAGUUUAACAAACAGCAAUACUCUUCGCGCUCCUGAAAAGCAGGGCUGGACGCUCUCCGUGGUGCUGAAACGCUUCACGGCUGCCUCUGUCCGUGGUACCUACAGCCCCCUCGUUCCAAUUUCCCCUGGGGCUCUCCCUCCGCGCCCCUGUUCUACACCUCCCCUUAGCAUCUGGAUUAUUUUUUCAAUAGCGCUCGCUGGUUUUGUAAGUGCCAAUUUGAAACAUUUUUUACCCUCAUAACUCGUGGACUACAAAGCACAAGGACCUGAAAAAUGUACAGCUUCAAUACUCUUCGACUCUACCUUUGGGAGACCAUUGUAUUCUUCAGCCUUGCUGCUUCGAAGGAGGCUGACGCUGCCCGCUCCGCGCCCAAGCCUAUGUCACCCUCGGAUUUCCUGGAUAAGCUCAUGGGGAGAACCUCUGGAUAUGAUGCCAGGAUCAGGCCCAACUUCAAAGGUCCCCCGGUGAAUGUGAGCUGCAACAUUUUCAUCAACAGCUUCGGCUCCAUUGCUGAGACAACCAUGGACUAUAGGGUCAACAUCUUCCUGCGGCAGCAGUGGAACGACCCCCGGCUGGCCUACAAUGAGUACCCGGAUGACUCUCUGGACCUGGACCCAUCCAUGUUGGAUUCCAUCUGGAAACCCGACCUGUUCUUUGCCAACGAGAAGGGGGCCCACUUCCACGAGAUUACCACAGACAACAAACUGCUGAGGAUCUCCCGGAACGGAAAUGUCCUCUAUAGCAUCAGAAUCACCCUGACACUGGCCUGCCCCAUGGACUUAAAGAAUUUCCCCAUGGACGUCCAGACGUGUAUCAUGCAACUGGAAAGCUUUGGCUAUACCAUGAAUGACCUGAUCUUCGAGUGGCAGGAGCAGGGAGCUGUGCAGGUGGCAGAUGGACUAACUCUACCCCAGUUUAUCCUGAAAGAAGAGAAGGACUUGAGAUAUUGCACGAAGCAUUACAACACAGGGAAAUUCACCUGCAUUGAGGCCCGGUUCCACCUGGAGCGACAGAUGGGCUACUACCUGAUCCAGAUGUACAUUCCCAGCCUGCUCAUUGUCAUCCUUUCAUGGAUAUCCUUCUGGAUCAACAUGGAUGCCGCGCCAGCCCGUGUGGGCCUGGGCAUCACCACUGUGCUCACCAUGACCACCCAGAGCUCUGGCUCCCGAGCAUCCCUGCCCAAGGUGUCCUAUGUGAAAGCCAUUGACAUUUGGAUGGCGGUGUGCCUGCUCUUCGUGUUCUCAGCCCUGCUUGAGUAUGCCGCUGUCAACUUUGUGUCUCGGCAGCACAAAGAGCUGCUCCGAUUCAGGAGGAAGCGAAGACAUCACAAGAGCCCCAUGCUGAAUCUGUUCCAGGAGGAUGAGGCCGGAGAAGGCCGCUUCAACUUCUCUGCUUAUGGGAUGGGCCCAGCCUGUCUGCAGGCCAAGGAUGGCAUCUCAGUCAAAGGCGCCAAUAACAACAAUACCACCAACCCCCCUCCCGCACCGUCUAAGUCCCCAGAGGAGAUGCGAAAACUCUUCAUCCAGAGGGCCAAGAAGAUUGACAAAAUAUCCCGCAUUGGCUUCCCCAUGGCCUUCCUCAUCUUCAACAUGUUCUACUGGAUCAUCUACAAGAUUGUCCGCAGGGAGGACGUCCACAACCAGUGACGGGUCUGGGAUGGGGCGGGAGUGGGGGAGGCUGGGAGAGGGCAGAAUGGAAAUAGCACAGGAAUCUGAGAGCCUAAGGAAGAGAAGGGGAAGAGAGGGAGGGGGCACACAUACACAACUCCCUCUUUCUCUGAAAAAUGUGCAAUAGCAAAAUGCAGUGAUGCAUGAAUCUUAGAAUGUGGCACUAUCUAUUUAACCUCGGGUGGGCUGGUGGGGGGGGAGGGAGGGGCUUUUCUAAUACAGGAGCUGAGGGGUCGGGAGGAAGGGGAGGGUGGGUAGGGGUUAGGGAGUGAGGAAAAACAGCUUUCAAAAACUUGAGUCCAUGGGCUGUGCAGUUUUCCUAUUUGGAAGGAGAGUGCAGUCUGCCCCAGGGCAGAAGGAAAGCCAUGUAAUAUAUGAUAUAUAUUCAUGCUUAAUAUUAAUGCAAAAUCACAAGAACAAAGGAUUUGUUUCUUAACCUAUCAGCCUAGUAACUGCUUAAGUUUUUCAAGUCACAGAAGUGAUGGACAAUUUUUCCCAGAGUGGAAACAGUCACAAAUAAGCUUUUGCUCUGGUGUGUGUCCUAUACCAUGGCCUUCCAAAUGCCAUGCCUGUUUUCACACUGGCCUGGGUGGACACAUGCCAAAAAGGCAGUCCACCUCUGCUUCAAGAGGGUUGUGCAGCCUGGGCAUGGGCAGUGGAAAUGGGGCAAAGUGGAGAGAAGAGAGGGAAUGACUAAGGAGAUGGGGCAUUUUCAGAGGCCCAAGGAUUGAUAAUCAAGAGAACUGCACCUCAAUCCUCACGUCUCAAGGCUAAGGACCACACCCGCCCCUCUCUAAGCCCCUCUCGCUUCUGUGCUUCAACGCCCACCCCACUCACCCUCCACUGCCACCCAGAAAUGGCUGCCAUGGUUUCUCAUUAUAUUGCCAAUAUGCAAUCUUUUUUAUGGUGACAAAAAAAAAAAAGUAAUAAUCUCAAGAAAUAAUAUGCAGAUAGACUGAGUAUAAACCGAUGCACUUUUUUCAAAUGUCUAUUUUUUUGGAGAGUCUCUUUGGAAUUGCAAGUGGGUAUAUAUUUGGGAAGGUGGGGUCAGUGGGAUGAAAUGGACUUCUUACAGAGUGGUUCUACAGAGUGAAGUUUUAAGAGGUGAAAGGGUAGUAAUGAGGCUGCCACAGCUGAGAUAUAUACGGGUGGAAAGAGAUGGUAUGUUUAGAAAGUCUGUUCAUUAUAUUUUGACAUUUCCUAUGCCACAACGAAUGUGGGAAGCAUGGGGAGAUGACCCCAUUAUAUUUUUAUAAGUCUUUUGUUUGUUUUCCUUUUUGGUGCUUUGCUUAGCUUUAACAUUUAGGCAAGUUAGACAAAUAUUUCUUUCCCUCUAACUCUGAUGUGCCAGAACUAUCCCAGGUUGGCUAGGGCACUCCAGGAAAAAAAAAAAAAAAAAAAAAGGAGAGGGAUUAGGAAAUGAAUCGUGAAGGGUGGGGGACCCUGCUGAAGGACACAGAGGCUCACAGUUGGGAAGUCUGCAAUGUGGACCAUGGGAUUAAAGACGGGAGUUGCCUCCAGUAGCCUCUGUCCUCUCUGCCAACAAUGCCACGCCUGUAAUGAUGGCACGACUCUCUGGGGCAUGCUUCCCACUGUGGCCUGUGACCAGGGUCCUGGGGUACAUUUCUUCCCUUGCACUUCAGUGUCUUGGCUUUGAAUCAAAGUAGCAGUAGAUGGUGGGACGCAGUGGCCAAUCGGUUUGCCCUGAGGCUUGGGGUUUUACAUGUGUCUUUCAAGUAUCCCCAGUGUGGGGCAGGAGAGAGGGGAGACGUUGGGAGCCUAACUCUUCCCUAAAGCCCCUUCUUCCGGAGAAACUUCUCCCAUUUCCUGUGGCACAAUUGCUAAUACCUCUAGAAGCCCUCCCCACACACCCCCCCCCCCCCCACCCCAGAAAAGCAAGUCAAGACAAUGAUCUAAGGUGUUUAGGUAAAGAAAAUGCACUAAGCCGCCAAAAAAGGAUCUGGCUUUGAGGCUUGAAUGAUCAAACUGUUUACAUCCAGGUUCAAGGUUUGUAAGUCAUUGCCUUCCUUUCUCUUGGCCUGUGUAGAUCAGGAAGUUAAAUUGUAUUCUAGCCUUGGAUGAUGUGGGAUGGAACCCGGCUCCUGAGGGAUGGGAGCCAUGUGGGUAGGAAUCUCUCUUCUAAGACUAUCCUGUUAUCCUUUUCCCAACCACAAACUGUCUAAAGGAGGAAAAGGGAACCAGAGGGAUUUGAACAAGUACAACCAGUUCAAGACUGGAAUAUCAGUGUUUGAACUGCUAUCGGCACUAUGUUCACUUUAUUUAAGGGAGGGAAUCCUCAGCCCUGCAGUGAUGCAUGAGUCGCUGGAGAGGCUAUUUGCCCCUUUUACUAGCAUUUUACUCACUUUAUUUAAGGGGAAAAUCAUUUUUUUCAUAAGAAAAAAUUUAAGAAGCCCUUUUCCCUAGUUCGCUCGUGACGGGACUAAAUUCAGAACGUCUUGAAGUCUAGGUGAUCGGGCAGCGAAGGCAUCAGGCCUCUAUCAGGGACUAAAGACAGUAUCAAUUGUUCCAAGGCAUUCUGCCUCUGCUUGAAUGGCAAUAUCUACAGAUUUCAAACUGGGCUCCUUGUAUGAGGUGUCUGGAAUCUCUCCGAAACAAAGUCAUCACUGGGCUGUUUGCCCAACCUCUGCUGGGUCCUUGAACUUCUGCCACCAUAUUCAACCAGUGGCCCCACUGGGAAUGGCCAGGUCUAGUUGACAAGAUCUAGCAGACAAUAGAAUCAUCCUUUUGAGACGCAGAGGGGGAAUGUCGCUGAAAUCUUCUCUCCGACUGUUCCAAAUUUGGUAUCCCUCAUAGAGAAUAAAUGUGAGUGAAUGCAUUACAGCAGUGAAAGGAAGAACCUGAAUUUUAGUCCUAGCACUAAUAUGUUGGGAAAACUUGAAUAAAUGCUUUAGCUUUAGUUCCUCUACAAACACAGUGGGGAAAGGGGUAUAAACCUCUAACCCCUUCUAGCUCUAACUGUUCUGUGUGCUUGAACCGAUCUAUGGGAGGUUUACACAACGAAAGGCUUAAUGCCGCUUUUAUUUCCGAACCCUCUCAGUAGAUCUAGAUAGAUCCACGCAUACAUGGAUCCACACAAUCCUCAUGGCCUUUCUUCUUUGGGAAAUUUGUGGAAUCGUUUUUUCUUUUGCUCCACUUUAUCAAAGAUGAGCAGUGGCAGGAAAAGAACAUCCAUCAUUGUAAAGUCAAAAAUACCCUCAUGAAUUAGAAUGGAGCAUGCUCAAAGAGAAGGCAUUGUCAUUAAUGUAUAAUGUAGUGAGGAUUUAGCAAUAAACUACAUGGAUUUUAUCAUUAUAAAAAAAUCAAACUAGAUAACUUAGGCCAAAAACGUUUUGUAGGUGGCUCCAAGAAAUAGGACAAUACUUUCUCAAUUUCCUCUUCAGUCUGUACACAGAGGAUAUCAUACCUUGGGACUACAUACACCAAAUGCUAUGGUAGGGAGAAAACUGACUAAGGUAUAAUGGGUGGCUUACUGGUCUUCCAACCUCUACAUGGUUAGACCAGUAUUUAUGCAUGGAGGUAGAACUAGACAGGGCAUAGAGCGGAUGGUGAUUUCCCACACCUCCAAAACUGCAGCUAUUCCUAGGAAUCCAAUUUGAGAAAUAUCAAUUAAGCAGACAGAUAAUAAUGCCAAUAACUUCUCACCUUAGUCUACAACUUACCUUGAUUAGUUUCAAGAGCAGCCAAAAGAAAUGGCUCAUCUCUGCCAAUCUCUGGUCUUUUCAAACUUUCAAGAGUCCGUGCUGGGCUAAGGCUAUAGAGAGUAACCCAAGGACAGGAGUGAAUAUAAAAAUGUGCUAGGGUGUGUGUGUGUGUGUGUGUGUGUGUGUGUGUGUGUGUGCGUGAGAGAGGGAGAGAGAGAGAGAGAGAGAGAGAGAGAGAGAGAGAUAAAAGACAGUCAUUUAAUCCAGAUUAUUUCUUCUUCUAAACUGUCAAUAAAUAAGAAAUGUAUCCCUCUAAGAAGCCUAUCAAUAUUUUUCAUAGACUAUGUUUUCAUACUAGGGAGAAAACAAAUGAAUAUGACAGGAGUUGGUUACUUUCCUUCAAAGUACACAUUUUUAUGGGCAUCAUUAAAAAGAGAUUGUGUUUUGUGAGCCUCCAUGAUAUUAGAUUGCAGAGCAGAUUAGUGUCCCAGCUAAGCUGUUACCAUCACUGAUAAAUCAGUCUUUUGUGAAAAUUACAUCCCUUAGUUAAUUGCAACACACUGAAAUUGAAGGGAGCCAUCCUUCUGUCUGCAGCAACUGCCUCCUUAGUAGAAGAAGCUCGUAGGCAAAGGGCUUGGUGGUGGUACCAUUUGUGUCAGCUGGAGGACUGGGGUCGAGAGCUGAGGUCUACUUGUCCCCAUUCUGGCUGGAAUCCCGGCCCGGGGACAAUGAAUACCACUCUGGAAGCUAUCGGGUUUAUUCAAAAACAAGCACCUUCUGCACAUUCUGCCUGCCCUCUGCCCCAACUCUGAAGAGGUGGGCAAGAUGGGGUUUUCUCUACAGGCUAGGUUUCCCAGAUUGACUAGAAAGCUUGCAUUGAGGGGCUGGUAAGAUCUGAGGAAGGCUGAAUGGCCCUCUACCCUCCAAGAUAAAGCAUCCUUAAUUCAGGAACCGAUGACACCAAAACAAGCUUACUAUAAACAAGCAAGUAGAAACCAUGUUCUUAAAAUAUAAUUUAUCUUUUUUUCCUCCACUAAGCCCUUUCUCUGAGAAACCAGCUUCAGAAAUUUGAAUUGAGAACCCUUCUGUUUUCCUGUAGCUCUACAAAGCCAGAAAUAGGAGCUCACACUGACCAAAGGAAGGAUUAAAAGAAACGUGCCUUGUUUUGUUUGAGCUGGCUUGCCCAACGACUUGUAUCUGUGUAAGGAACAGUACACGUUGGAAAGGCUUUGGUUUCACAGUAUCCUGAAAUCCCAAUGAAUAAAGAAUAUCGUUAGAUAGGUUGAAAUUCAAAUAAAGAACUUGGAAAAAUCCUGAAAUGCUGCCGUCCCCACCUAAGUAAUCUAGAGUCUUGGGGGUCCAGACUAGAUGAUGCCACUACCAAAUUAUUAUCCCGUUGCUUCCUUUGGGAUUUCUCAAGCUGUAAAGACAGCAACGUCAGGAGACAGGUUUGUUCAUACGUAGGUGCUAUUACAUGCUGUUUUGAUGGAGCUGUGUGGUUAUUUAAAGCAAUAAUUAAGGUGCUUUAUCAUUCUUUAGAAAAGCAAAAUGAGUUCCGAAGUAGAUAUUAUUGCCCAAUAAUUUCUAGGAUCAUUAAGGCUUCUUCAGUUAGCAUCCAGACCAUUACUUCUCCCUCUCGCACUCUCUCUCUGCCUCCUCCCACAGCCUCCCUGUCAGCAUCUCCUCUGCUUCAUCAUCUGUGCCUCUCAUUUGGUGAAACCAAACUCUUCUAGAAGAUGCUGGUUUAUUUCCGAGGGGGUGGGGGGUGGGGAGGACUAGAAUGGACGUAGCAGCUCCUGUCUCAUUUGUUUUAAGGCUGCGAUUUCUAUUCUUCCUCUUCCCUGUGCGUUUUGAAAUUUCACUGCUCUGGAAAAUUUCCAUUGGAACAUUGGGUCGAGAAGUCAGAGUCUAGAGAAUGGCGAGCCAAAAAUAUACCCAGUGAUGAAAAUUAUGUUCUACAUAAGGCCAUUAACCGGGUACAGAGCAGCACCAGGUAACUAAUGUCGGGAGGAAAGACAUUUGCUGGAUGCAAACACAGUGGGUCUCCCGUUCCCACACUUCCCCUGCUCCAUGCUUCCCUGCGUUGCCUUGUGUCUGGCUUGCCUUUCUUCAGAUUCCACUGUUUUCUUAAGCAACUUCAGAAACCCCGUACCCUCUUUAAACACACCUGCCUUCUGAGGCGGACAGAGGCCGGUAGGAAGUGGGUCCUUGUUCUGGCAUCACCUCAGGCUCACCAUGGAAACUGCAGGUAAGCUACUUCAUCUUUCUAGGCCUGCUCACUACCCUGUAAAAAGAGGGAGUUGAAAGAGAUUGCUCAAAGGCAAACCCUGGAUACUUUCAUGGGUUAAAGAAAAGAAGAAAGGGUAUACCAUGUGUUAGAGAAGAUCUCAUUACUUCCCCCUUUUCGGUCAGGCUUGGAAUCCCAUCCCAGGCCUUUUGGUGGACAGGUGGGGAGAGGUUAAGAAAGAGGAGAGUCUUGGCCCUCAAGGAGGUUGCAAUCUUAGUUUUUUGGUGGCUCGUUGUGGUGGUUGUUGUUGUUUGCCACGAAAGUGAAGGUAUUUCACGGCACUGAUGGACUUGCCUCUAAGACUGGCUUCUCACCGGAGAAUCCCAUCAAAUGCCAGGACAACAUUCUACUCUGGUAUUUUAGCAUGUGUGUCCUAUGAAGGCAUGGCAGGUGAGGUCUGUCCGCCAGAGCCUCUGGAAGAAUCAAAGAGAAACACAAUCAGAGCAGAACUCGUGAAAUACCCCAAGGGAAAUACUGCAAUGACUCCAAGUCCCCUCUCAGCCUGUUCCCUGCACACACAAUUUAAUCAUAACGAGAAACUUCCAGCAAGAUUUAAGAAUAUUUUCCCAUUUGUACAUUAUGCUAGCUGCAGUUACAGGCAGAAAAAAGUGGGAUUGUUCCAGGCCACUAGAGACAUUCAUCUAAAUUCAUACCAUUAGCUAGGCUACCCUAACAAAAAAAUAAAAAAUAUUACAGCAGGUGUGGCUGAAGUUGGGCGAGCUCACUGCACAUCCUCCCCCCGCCCCCCACCCCUGCCGCCAAACAAAACCUCACCCUGGCAAUGAUGUUUCUGAAAUUGCUUCCACACUCCCAUAGCUCCAACAAACACUGCUUAUAAUCAGAAAACACUGCCCCUAUCUUUCCCAGCAAGGACAUAUUUAUGCUUUCUAUCAGUGGAAUCGCUUCGAAACAUUUAUAGGUUGACAUUAUAACAAAUGAUCUCUACUCUGUCUUCAUCUGGCCCUGGAAUUAAUGGGAAUAUUGCAGACUGAAACGUUUUCCUUGUUCCCAAGGUUAAGAGUUAACAGGCUUUUUAAAAAAGAUAAUUUUAGAUUUCCCAUAAUAAAAUAGAAACCAUAUGGUAACCCAAUCACUUCCUACCCUUGGCCCCCAUCACCAUAUAGCCACUUCCUUCUUUGCCCCUGAAAGACUCAAAUAAGGGAUUUUAAAAGACCUCUAAAAUGGAAGUGUGAUAGCACAAAUACAGGGAAAUGGUAAUUGUAUAGUCUAGGUGGUUAAUAUAUAGUCCCUAUAAAAUUCUUACACGUUUUCCCCUCCGACCCUCAGUUUUCCUAUCUGUACAACAGGAGUACUGAAUUUCCCACUCUUCAUCUUACCCUCUCAGUUUUCCUCUCUAUACCCAUUUGUGGUUUUCUAGUGCAGAGGAAAGGGUACUCACUUCCAAGAAGGCUGAGAUGCAACUACCACAGGCACCUGAUCUUGAGCAAGACCAUUAUCUCUCUGCCCCUCAGUUCCUUUAUGUAUUUGGAGACAAUAAUACACAGGUCCAUCUUCUAGAUAAAAUGAGAUAGUACACAUUAUUAACUCCACCCCCACUGUAAACAAUGUAAAGCACUGUCACUAUCUCCGUCUCUCCCAAAUUCCUAUUUCUUCCUCUUUGCCAGAAGAGGGCAGCCAAGAGCUUCCUUUUAGAAUUGAAGAUGGCUCCCAAAAGGCCAAAUCCACCUGCCCUAACAGAGCAGCCUAUGACCCUUCCGGACUGGCCCCUCUGUGCUUCCUCUCGCUUAUACACCCACUGAAGGGACCUACACUCUAGUGCUGAUCUCACUUAUCAAGAAUCUGCAUCCCUUUUGCCCAAGUAUCAUUUGAAUGUUACCUAAAUAGAAAGCACACCAUAGCUCUGCAAAUAGCUGUCACUCAUGUAAACUAGUAAGAUUGUGAAUGAACCCUGCAAAUCCCAAUACUGCUACUGAGCACCUACUCUAGGUCAGUCUCUUUAAAUUACAUGAUCUAGUUUCAACGAUGGCCCUGAUCUUCUCAAUUUGUACAUGAGGAAACCGAGGCUUGGAAAGUUUAUCAUAUUAGCCCAAGUCAAAGUCUUGCCAAAGUUUGGACCUGAUUCUAUAGACAACAGGAAGCUAAGUUUUGGAAACAGGCAUGAUGUGUUUACCUCUUCCACUUACCUGUUUUUGACCUUCAAGAAAUUAUUUUGCCUUAUUGAUGACCUUAGUCCCCACCCCUCUCCCCAUAAAACACUCUAUCUUCCCAAAUUAUUGAAUAUAAAAUCAAGACAUUGAUGUGGUAACUUACUUUGUCAUUAAAAAAAAAGUAUACAGGUUUUUAUUAGUUCAUUUUAACUUAAAUGAAUCUAAUAACUGCUGCUAAAAAAGUAUAGACCCUUUUACUUUGGUAACAUUCUACUACACAAAAAUUUAAGCUCCUGUAACGUGUUGAAUGCCAAGGAAUACUACCUUUACUAGGCUAGAAAUCAAACAUCUUGAUUAAGAACCAACCAGACAAUCCUUGGCCACCUUCUUUUCAGAACUUGGGUAGAAACAAUAUAAAUCUAUUAGCCCACCUUAAGAGGUUGAGAGUCUACUAAUCAAUCCAGUUUGGGGCAUAUGAGGGAUUUAGACUGGAUAUGGUACCAUUUUCUGGAUAUAGAAUUGUGGAAUAGAAUAAAAUGAGUAAGCAACAAGGCAGGGUGGGAAUAUAUGACAUUUGGAAGAGAGUGAAAACACCCUCGUUUGUAGUCCUGCAUGAGAGACCACUUGUGUGCUGGAAUGGCCUGGAUUUGGCCAGCAUCAAGAGUUAAGGACUAGACUUAUUCUGGAAGUCUUUCCUAAGUCUAGAAUCCCUUUAAAAUAUUCACUCAACUAAGAGCCUACUACAAACAUUGCCAAGGCAUAGGAACGAAAGGUAAACACCAUCCCUAACUACAGAACUUACAAUUCAGAGCAGUGAGAUGUGAUAUGGAUAUGAAUACAUAAUUUUCAAAGGAUGAUAUGGUGAUGAAGGAGGCAGAGACAGAAUUCAGAGAAAUGGUACCUCACAGGGACAAUCCAAGGUCUCCUGGAGAACAGAACAUUUGAGCUCAGACUCUAAAGCAAAAGAAUAUUUUCCACAGCACUUUACUAUCUGGAUUUAUGUAAUUGUGGUCUCAUCCACCUUUCAAAGGGUUAACACAGGUAACCAUUUCCUCCAGGCAGGUAUUCAGGUAAAGUGGGAGCAUCUCUCCAUAUGAGAUACCAUUGCAACAAAUGUAUUAAAAAUGGCAGGCUGACCAAUGUCCCAGUCAAGGAGGGCCUCCUAAUGGUCCUUUACCCCCCCCCCCCCCAUCCAGGCUCUGGAAAUAAAGUGUGACAAUGGAAUUACAGGGAAAUGCAUGAACAUACCCUGCCCCUGCUCCCCUACCCGCCCCCCCCCCCACCACCACACACACACACAAAAGUACUCUUAGAAGCCGCAGCUUGUCUCCAAGUCCUUUUGUUCCCGACUUAAGAAUCCCCUGGGUGAUGUGUAGGAAUUGGCCAGACCAGUUCAUGGGACAAGGCCUCUGCUUACUACAUUUCCUAGGUUGCACUUGCAUCAUCCACAUCUCUUCAGUUGUAUCCAGAAGCUUGGGCUUUGGCAUAACAGAACCAUGAGCUAUAGGGCAGUGAUGCCAGGAAUGUCUUAGUGCUCUGCGGACUAGGACAGCUCCCCCUGUGCAGCUCUGAAUGCUGGUGAGGAUAGGAACAUUCUGAAUAGACCCUAGUGACAUCAAGUCAGAUUCAGCGGGUGUCCAGGUCAACUGCAACAGACUUGCCUUUAGAUGAUUUUUUGCAAUGUCCCAGCCUGGAGGAAGCAGUUCAGCCUUUCAAAGUUUGAGUUACACAUGGAAGGUCAGGGAACAGGUCUCAAAAAUUGUCAGUCAGGACUAGGAAAUGUACGCUCUUUCACUUUUCUAUCAGCUUUGUUUUUAACCUCCCUUGCAUUUGCCUGUCAUCCAUCCACCUGUUUAUUAAAUCUAUUAUGGCAAGGGCAGUGUACCUUGAAAGCAGGGCAUCAGAAUGAAAUAUGGCCCCUUUUCUUACAAUAUAGGAGGGGAUGCUAAAGUGCCAAAAUAAUCACUAAUGUGGAAUGCAGAAAAUAUGUUAACAGAGAAAGGAGGGUGCCGCAGAGCAGGCAGAGAAUAAACCAUAAAAUGUUUCCAGGCUUACAGGCCAUUUGAACAGUGGUACCUUAAAGAUGAGGUUUUGACGGAUGGGGAGAGUCUUCCAGCAAAAGGAACAACAUGAGUAAAAAUAUGGAGGUAAAAACCAAGGGGCAUAUACGAGGUAUAGCGAUUAUCUGUUUGGCUGAAGUGUCAUGAAUGGAGACAUGUUUGGAAAGAUGAUUUGGAGUAUAUCAUAACCACCUUAAAUAUAGAAUAAGGGAUCAGGACUCUUGAGUAUGGCAAUUCUCAAAGACCAAUCAAUAAGGUAUUCAUUCCUUCAUGGGCAGAACAGCUCAUUCUGUCUCCUUUCCAUUAGCUGACAUUUCCAGCCUAAGUCAGAUUUUCCUGUACUUAUUUCGGGAGAACUUACCUUUUCCUCCAUCUCAGAAGCAGUUAUUGUACCCACUAGAAAUUCACAUCUUCAAGGGCAUCAAUUCAACCCAACAAGUAUUAAGCAUUUAGUUGUGCUGGGUAGGCACUAGAAGGGGGAUAACAAAGGUAAAGUCAUGGUUCUACGAUGAGCUCACUAUUCUACAGUGAUUCUGAAAAAGCUACUUAAUCCAGUGCAGGUAUUUCUAAAGGAGUGCUUGUGGUCCAAAUAUUAUAACCUUUAUGUUGGUCUGAAAUAUUAAACAGAGCUGACCUAGAAGGAAAAUACAGUCUAGCGUAUCCUUUUUAUUCUCAGCUGCACCUGAAAUGACUUCUAACCUGGAGAGCACUUCUCUAUUCAAACCAUGAGAUCACGUCCAUAAAGAAAAAAGAGUAUAGAAGUGGGGAAAGCCAAAUACGAACAGAAAGAAAAAAAAAAAAAAAAAAAACUGGUUUUUAAUCAAGUCAUUGCUACUGGAAGUAUGUAAAAAGAAUAGUUUGUGGGAUUUUUUUUUUUUUUCAGAACAAUUUUUCUUAGGCAAAUUCAUUAGAAAAAAUAUUGUGGGCAAAUAGAUUAGUAUAACCUACCCUAGUAAAUCAAAGACUACCCUCUAAGUCUUCAAAAGUAUUACUAUCAAGUAAGUAGUUUGCUAAACUCAAUUUUUCCACAUUAGGUGUAUUUCUACCUCAUUUAAAAGUGUACCAUGCUCAACAUGCCUGAAUGGUAUGUAAAAAGCUGAAACAUUGAUGUUCCCACAAUUAAUCUCAGAACAUUUAAAAUUCAUAUUAUUUCAUACUUUCAUGGUUCAACCUUCCAAUACUUAAUCCAUUAUUUUCAGCACUAAUGGUAGUUAAAGUGAGAGGAGUGAAUUAAACCCCAAUGGGUGCAUCUUGCUUAAUUAGUCUAUUGAAUGCAGAUAAAAUGCCUACCUGAAGAAAAAAAAAAAAAAAAAAAAGCUAAACAGCCAAGUUCUACUUUCAAGACAAAUACACCAGGUACCUCAGCAGCCUCCAAGUAAGUUUUAAAAACUGGACACGAUACAAGUCUUCAACUGCUGUAAUUAGACCUGAAAUGUACAAAAUGAACCACAAAGUGACCAAGACAAGACGCUUAAUACUUUUAAGCCCUCUAGGUAAGAGUGACAAAGGAUGUCCAUGUCUCAGUGUGUAGGUCGGCAUCAUAACUGACCAGUUGGCUAAAAUCACUUUGUCUAGAACUGAUGCAAAGUAUCAGUUGGAAAUUGCUAGCAUUUUCAGUCAGGAGCGGUUGAGGCAUGAUUGGGAAGGACAGUGAGGGCUUACUUUCUAAGUGUGCAAACAUACUCCAGUGCUUCCAAAUCACAAUUCUUUGGUCUUCUCCCAAGACAAGCCAUUUCCAGACACCUCAAACUCGACUGGCCCAGGGAACCCAUGGGAGGAGACCCAAUUACCUUGCAGCCAUAAUUGUUGUAAACAUGCUGGAGCCAUAGUUGGAAAAUGGUCUACAGAGAAACGGGGACAAACAGGACCACUAGGGAUUUUCAAUUCACAGCUACGUCAACAUUAAUGAAAAAGCAGUAUUAGAUUGAUUGAAAACAUUCCACGGGACUUAUUAUCAAAUAAAGGCUCAGUCACUGGGGAAAAGCAUAUUUUAUUGACAUAAUUUAUCUUAGACUUAGUAACUUUAACUCAAGAUUCAUCCACCAAGGUGGGCCAGUUUCUGCCAAUAGAACCAGAGUGCGCACUCUCGAGAGUCUCACCCCAACCUUGCCAAAGCAAAGGACUUCUAACUGGAAGUCAUCUCCAAAGGACUUGCCCUUAUAUUUUCCCCAUUUCACGCACUUAAGAUAUUUGCACAACAGAUGUACCCUUUGUCUUAAAAGUUGCCUGAUUUGAUGUUUAGACAGAAGAACAAACCCCAUGUUAUUCUUCUGCAAGUGAUUUUGCAUUUCCUUUUUUUUUUUUUUUUUUUUUUUUUUUUCAAAAAGGUAGCUACCGACUUACGGAUGUCACGACAUACAGGGGAUAAAAGCGUUAACUUGCAACAGGUCCAGGGUAUGUUACCUUGACACCUCACAAUUUGGUUCAUUACAUUUUAACUACUCAAAGUUAUUUUAACCCCAAAGAACAGACAGGCACCGUGUAUUUCUUCAGGUCACAAUGCCAACACUGGCUGUGGAGUCUGAUACAGGUAAGACGACUACAAUUUACAAUUCUGACUGUGAUUCCAAUACUUUUGGGAGAUGUAAAAUAUGCUGGGCUGGGCAGUGUGAGUUAGUUAAGCUACAAAGUGCUUCAUCACCCAUAAUGGAAGAGGUUCAAGAUGAUUCAUACUUCCACGUAAGACUACAAAAGUCACAAGCCCACAUAAAAGCAACUGACAGCCAAAGUAGAAGAGAUUUCAGGAGCCUGGGGGCAUCUUAAACAAUUAAUUGGCCUGGAAAAUUGGGUCAGAAUUACUCACAAAGCUCCUCAUCCUUUCCCAGAAGAAAAUGUGAUAGUAUGUCUUUUAUAUGGAAAUUUCUUUGUAUAUAUGUAUAAACUUGGUAUGGCCUUAAUGCUGCAGUUAAGGAUUUGUCUGGCUACCACCUUAAGCAGCGUGUUAAGCAAUCGCUUCCUUAAUGUAACAUUUUUACUUCUUACUGGACUCUUAACCUGAAACAACCAAUUCCCUUUAGCCCCUUACUCUUGGCCCUUUUUUGCAUGGAAUCAUAAAAGUUAUGGCAGUUAUUUUUUGGCUUAUAAAAAAAUCUAUUUCUGCAGUUUGAAGAUGUAAUGUAAAAUUUCUGUGAUACAUGUAUAUAAAAAUAUAUUUAUUGAACCAUCCAUAUACACAUAUCCACGCUGAUUCCAAUGGAAAAAAAUUAAAGUUUUCUGAAAUUUU